CGAAUCGCGUGUCGAUUGGCGUGCGAAAUACUAGAUCUAGUCCAGGGUCCACGAUCGAACCCUUAAAAAGUAAAAUGUUCGCCCUUCGAGUGGCUGUUCUUCUGACAGCCUGCGUGGCCUUGGCUACCGCAGGAACUCGGCAACUAACCUUAGAUGUCCAGCCGCCGACGACUUUUGCCACUGAGCUGCAGGACUACCGUCUUGCUGAACACAUCACGCCAAUUAGUUACAACAUCACCCUGCGACCCUAUUUACUAGAAACCGAGGGCACUAAGAGGUUCACCUUUGAUGGCGAGGUCUGGAUCGAAGUAACGUCUAACCAGAGCACAAGUGACGUGCACUUGCACGCGAAAAAUCUCACCUUUUCGGUCAGCGAAUUUUGGCUGAAGCCAGCUGCUGGUGUGGCCAAUCCGGCGGCAACUGCAUUUUCAUCCAACACAACCAACGAUGACACGGAUAUUGUCCUUCUCAAAACGCCAGCCCCAUUGACGGCAAAUACGCCAUAUAUCCUGCAUUUCGUUUACACCGGUCUGAUGCAGGAUGAUAUGCAAGGAUUCUAUCGCAGUUACUAUGUGGAUGAUAACAAUGUUACCAAGUGGCUCGGAUCCACUCAAUUCCAGACCAAUCAUGCCCGCCGCGCUUUCCCCAGCUUCGAUGAGCCCCAGUUCAAGGCUACCUUCAAUGUCACACUGAAACGUCACAGGACCUACAACUCGGCCAGUAACACCCGUCUGAUCCAAUCUACUCCCAGCACUGAGGAAGGUUAUUUUACGGAUGUGUACAAGACGACUCCUAAGAUGUCCACCUAUCUCCUGGCCUUCAUUAUUUCCGAAUUCGUGGCCCGCAGGGAUGAUGAUUUUGGAGUUUAUGCUCGUCCCGAGUACUAUGCCCAGACCCAGUAUCCCUACAACGUGGGUAUUCAGAUCCUGAAGGAGAUGGGCACUUACUUGGACAAGAACUAUUACUCAAUGGGCAACGACAAGAUGGACAUGGCCGCUAUUCCUGACUUCUCAGCUGGAGCAAUGGAGAACUGGGGUCUGCUGACUUACAGGGAACGCAGUCUUUUGGUAGAUGAAUCGGCAACUACUUUGGCCUCUCGCCAGUCCAUCGCCGCCGUGGUGGCUCACGAACAGGCGCACAUGUGGUUCGGCGAUCUGGUCACCUGCAAGUGGUGGAGCUACACCUGGCUCAAUGAGGGAUUCGCACGGUACUUCCAGUACUUUGGUACCGCCAUGGUUGAAGAUCAAUGGGAAUUGGAGAAGCAGUUUGUGGUGGAUCAAGUGCAGUCCGUCAUGGCCAUGGACUCGACCAAUGCUACCAAUCCUUUGAGCGAUGAGAACACAUAUACACCCGCCCACCUCAGUCGCAUGUUCAACAGCAUCUCCUACAACAAGGGAGCCUCCUUCAUCCGCAUGAUCAAACACACCAUGAACGAAACGAAUUUCCAGAAAGCUCUGCAGGAAUACUUAAAGAAAUACGAAUAUCAGCCAUCUGUUCCCGAAUAUUUGUUGGGAGCCUGGCAGGCCCAAUGGCCCAACUCCAGUUUUAAUGAGAGCUCCGAGAACAUUUUCAAGAGUUUUACCGAGCAGGUGGGCUAUCCGCUAGUCAAUGUUGAAGUCAGCGCCGACCUCAAGUCGGUGAGCUUUAGCCAAAAGCGUUUCCUGCUGAAGGAGAACGACGGUGCCGAUCCCAAUUUGCAAUAUACUGUCCCCAUCUCCUACACCACUAGUGAGGCCAUUGACUUUGGAAACUCCACGCCCAAAUUCAUCCUGAAGCCUAACGUAACCACGACUGUGACUUACCCCACUGCUAUUAAAUGGAUUGUGGCCAAUAUUCAGGAGACUGGAUACUACCGUGUUAACUACACGGAAAGCAACUGGCAUGCUAUCCACGCAGUUUUGAAUACCAACAACUGGGGAGGAAUUCACGAGAGCAACCGAGCUCAGAUUGUGGACGAUCUGUUCAAUUUGGCCAGGGCCGGAAAUAUUACCUACAACCUCACUCUGGACGUGAUUGAGUAUUUGGAGACGGAGACCAACUAUAUUCCCUGGACGUCGGCCUUUAAUGGUUUCAGCUAUCUGACCAUCCGACUUGGUAAUGAUACGGCUGACUUCAAUAGUUACAUCCAGACCCUGACCAACAAGGCCUACAAUCAGCUUGGAUUCAACGAGACAACCAGUGAUACUGCCUUGGAUAUCUAUCUGCGCACCAAGGUUCUUUCCUGGGCCUGUCGCUAUGGCAGUGCCGAUUGUAUCAGCAAGGCCAAGACCUACUUCCAAUCGCUGACCACUGUGCCGAAGAACAUUCGUGCCACCGUCUAUUGUGUGGGUCUCCGUGAGGGUGGAGAAACUGAAUUCCAGGCUUUGUAUAACAAAUUCAAGACUGAAACCGUGGCCACCGAGGAGACCCUCCUGCAGAACUCCUUCGGUUGUGUUAAGACCCAGGCUCUGAUUGAGAAGGUCUUCGACCUGGUCCUCAGCGAUGAAAUUCGCCGGCAGGACAAGUCCUCCGUUCUGUCCACUCUGUACACUGAGAACAACGAGAACGUGAGCCCCGUGUUCGCCCUGGUCACUCAGAAAUACGAGGAGCUGGCUACGGCCAUGGGUGGUUACUCCGCCGUCGCCACUGUGAUCUCCAACAUCGCCGCUCGUUUCACCACCCAGCAGCAGUUGACUGAUCUGAAGACCUUCAACACCAACAAUGGAGCCAAAUUCGGAACCUCCCAGGCCACUUUGACCGCAGCCGAGUUGACUGUGGACGAGAAUCUGCAAUGGGCUGCUGCCAAGCUGGGAGUUUUCCGCAGCUAUCUGGCCAAUCGCAACGGAAGUGCUAUGGUUAAUGCCUUCAGUGCCCUUAGUCUCCUGAUGGUGGCCCUGAUCACCAUGCUGCGUAACUAAGACUAGCCAAGACUAACCCAGGUGCAAUCGAUCGGGUCACAUAACCCAUAAAGUAUUUGUACGCUUAGAGCACCCAAUAAAAUAACACAAUUUUGUAGAUAACCACA